AUGUCUUUUAUUAAUCACCAAAAUACUACAAACAUAAUAAAAGUACCAUUUCCUCCGUCUAUUACUAUAGAUGAAAUUGUACAAAUGCAUUUAAAAAAUGGAAUUAAGAACGUUAAUCGAACCAUGAAUGCAUUUAUGAUUUAUCGAAAAGAAUAUAGUCGUAUAGUUGCAAAGUUUAAUCUUGAGCUUAUAGAUGUAUCUAAAAUUUCCAGUAUUUCUUGGAAAAAUGAACCACAACAUAUUAAAGAUUAUUACAAACAGUUUGCAAAAGAUGUUAAAAGACGUUUCGAAGAAAUUGUUCCUUCUCUUUGUUUUGUCCACAUUAAUCAAGUAUCUGAUGCAAAUGAUUAUCACGUCCCUUUGGAUAAAAAUCCUUUAGACACCACUUACAAAAAUCAUCCAAUUCUUCCAAUUCAUCCACCUCUUUCACUUCGUAAUAUUUAUCAAAACUUUCUAGAUGCUUAUCCUCCGUUCACUAAUUCUCCACUUCUAAAUAUAAAUCAAGACGUUGACCCUUUCUUUCUUAACGUGGAUCUUUAUAAAUAUAUGACUAUGGAUGAUGACGAACUUAUUGAUUAUCUUCCUGAAGAUACUGCAUUAUCUUAUAAAGCAAUUAUUCAAUCUUUACCCCCUCAAUAA